AUGGAAGCAGAUGCUUUUAAGGAGGAAAAACAUAUGUCACAGCAGACUGCUAGUGAUCUGGCAAGCAUGGUACCACCUUCCAAUAUAAUAACUGAGAAGGUCAUGCCUUCUUUUACCCCAGGUUGGGUUGAGAAUACGAGUGAGUCCUCCAGCAAGCAGUGUCCACUUUUAUACAGUUCAGAAGCCAGUGGUAUGGUGGGCAACUGUUAUGUCUCCACAGAUGACUUGGGCCACAACCAAGCUUUCCAGCAUGCAAGGGAAUUCCAUUAUCUGGCCAGCUCUGAUUUUUUUCCUCAAAAGUUGGCUUCCAGUGUAACUCAAGCUGGAAUUCAUGAUGCAAGUGACACCUUGGAAAUGUUGACUCCUCCUCUGGUCCCUGCCUCAGAGCCUGGGGUGAACCAUUGUGCUUCCACCUGCAAAAACACAGAACAGACUUCAGAGCAGCAGGACCAGGUGAUGAGGCAGCAGAUGGAGCAGCUGCAAAGGCUGGUGGCUGAACAGCAGAAAAUCAUUGCACUUUACAAUCCAGGGAUAAGCACUGAGCCACUGCUUCAGCAUACUGAGAGCCCCACAAAAAAACUUGCCAGACAAGAUGCUCAAGAAGAGAACAGAGAAGAAAACAAAGAGAACAGUCAAUUGAAAGAAAAGAGUUUCCCUGAAACUUUUUCUGCUGUCAAAGAACAAAGAGAACAAGUAAAGGAGGAGAUUCCUUCAUCUCCCUUUGAUACAGAGGCAAAGAUGAAGACUGGAAACGUAGAAGACAGGCCAGUCACACCGGCAAUUGGUAUUAGACAGAAUACAUCUGAAGAAUUUGUUGAAGAACAACUUGAAAUAGACAAUCAUCUCCUAGAGAAACAGCAGAAGGAGCAGCAGAGCAAGGCAAAAGUAACAGCUUGGAAAGCUUUUCUGAAACAAAAAGAAGGUAUGACAAGGCUCAAAAGAAAUAAACAGAAACCUUCAAAAGAAAACAACAAGCAUUCCAGAAGAGCUGGUUUGGACUGCUGGGGCCAUUUCUCCCAGCCUGGCCAAGUGGAUGCAGGCAUACUGCAGCCAGGGGAAUGCUCUCAGUUUGACCUUCAGGUUAGUGGCUCCAUGAAGAUUGGUACACAUGAAAAAAAAGCAGACCAUGCUUUAGCAGAGUGGAAGACAAAUUCUCAGACUGACUGUGAAGCAAGAGUAGUUGACCAAAAUUUAGAAGAAAAACAAGUGAUCAUGAAAGAUGAAGACACAAAGAAAAAUCCCAUUGGCUCACUACAGAGAAAAAGGCCUGAAAUCCUGCAGCCAAGUCCAGAAACAUUAAUAGAAAUGAACCUACAAAUAGGUGGGGAAAGGGAAAAUCAUCAUGUGGAUUCUCUUGGGCAAGCAGGCAGAACUGAUGGAAGACCUGUGCAAGGUACCCUGCAAAAGCACCUGAGUAGGGUGGAUUGGCCUCUGAAAGGUCAUUGCACAGAGGGAUCAAAAAACCCCGUGGAAGUCCUGCAAAAGCACUCUCUACUUCAGGAUUUAAAACCAGAUCACAACAAGGGGGCAGAGUGGAGUGCAGACCCUGCAUUAACACAGGGUGAGAACUGGGUUAAGUUAUGCACACGAGAACUUGUUUCAGGGAACCAGAGCUCCGAAAGAAAAAGACAAUUCCAUACUGGCUUUAAGAUGGUCAAUGAUAAGAUAGUAAAAAUUACAUGUAGCUCACCUGAGGCUGUGGAGACGGGAAGCUCAUCCUUAGCCUUGCAGCAGGAGUGGCAAAGGAAGGGCACAGCUGCCUCAAUGUGGCAUGUUGCAUCUUCAUCCUGUGAAUCAAGCUGCUUAUCCUCGAACAGCGAUGAUGACUCCAAAUCUCACCAUGCUCAGUAUCGCUCCCAGCAUGGGCCUCAGGGAGUAAAUCAUACUGAUGGACAUUUGGAUCUCUCUGAUGAUGAUUAUGCUAGUGAUGAGCCCAGUGGAACUGAAAUAAAGUCUGUUAAAAAGUACAGCAGAUCACCCCCAAGGAAACAAGACAUUCAAGUGAUCUCAAGACAAGGUCUCUCCUGCAGCACAUGCAACAGUGAUUCCAGUACUAGGGCUGCCAGGCUGAAAGAGAGCAAGACUUGCUCUUCUCUUCAGCAGCCUCUGUAUUAUCCCACAAAACUGAAAAGGAGAGAGCAUGAGCCUGAAUCAAAGGAUAAGUAUAGGGCCAGGGAUGUUAAAAGCCUAUAUUUGCCAUCCUCAACAGUGGCUGAUGAGAUUUCUGCUUUCAAGAUUAAGGAAACCCCUGCAGUGGAGGAACCACAGAAAAAACUGUUUAGAGACAGAUCAGAAACUCAGAACACCCUUACCAGAGGAUUAGAAACUGGCGCAUACUGCAGAGGAACGCCUCCAAUGACUAAGGUGAAGGAAGAACAAGAGAAACCAAUGCAUGUGCACAGAACACUAAUGGACCAGCUCAAGAUCGUCCAGAGCCAGGACCUGAUUCACUCAUUGGAAUACAAAAGCAACCAAAUUCACCCACUGCAGAAAGAAAAUGCCCCUAGCAAGUUCAAAGGAAAAGCUAGCAUCACUGAAAAAAAUGCAAAAUCAGAAGAAAUACAAAUGUUAAAACAGCAGAUUGCUGGACUGCAGGAAGAAUUCAAGAGAAAUGAGUCGUGCUGGCAUGCUGCCUAUAGCAAGCUGAGAGACCAGGUUGAGAUGCUGACCAGACAGAACAUGGAGCUUCGAGAUGAUCUCAGAGUUUCAGAGCAUCAGGGACGAAAAGAAGAAAAACCUCCAGAAGCUGUGAAUUUCAUGGACAGAAAAUCAGAGACCCUGAAAGGAGAGACUCUUAAUCUUAUAAAGACAGAAAAAUCUCUAAAACCUCAGAAUAAAGUGGCUUUUGUGACCACACAGAGGAGAAGUGACAUAACUGCAUAUGACAGCAAAGUACCUACAGACAGUUCUGCUUUUGUGGAUGCUGAAGCAAAGCCUCCAAAAUCAGUAUUAUCUAGAAGGUCAAUCCUACAUCAAGAAAGAAGAAAAAGUGAGGAAGAGGUGCAGGAAAAAAUAGAGUAUCGUGAUGGAAAGGUAGAAGAGGUGCUUACUGAUGGACGUCGAAUCAUCACUUUCCGCAAUGGUACUAAAAAAGAGAUCAGUGCUGAUAAAAGGACGAUGACAUUUAGCUUUUUCAAUGGAGAUGUAAAGAAGAUCAUGCCAGAUCAAACAGUGAUUUAUUAUUAUGCAGAUGCACAGACAACCCACACUGCUUAUCCAGAUGGCCUGGAGGUGCUGCAGUUCCCUAAUAAUCAGAUAGAAAAGCAUUAUCCUGAUGGCACAAAAGAAAUUGUGUUCCCAGAUUCCACAGUGAAAUGCCUCUAUAGCAACGGAUUCAAGGAAACUAUUUUCCCAGAUGGUACAGUAGUAAAAGCAGAAAAGAAUGGAGAUAAAAUAGUGGUAUUCAGUAACGGCCAAAAGGAGAUUCACACUGUGCAGUUCAAGAGGCGGGAAUACCCAGAUGGCACUGUGAGAACUGUGUACUACAAUGGCAGACAGGAAACCAAGUACUCCACUGGACGAGUUCAAAUCAAAGAUGAGGAGGGUAAUAUCAUCCUAGAUAAGAAGUGA